AUGGACAAUCCUACUGCCCCAACCCGACCGCGCAAGCGAAAUCGCUAUAUCUGGUUGGCCUGUGACGAGUGUCGCCGACGCAAAGUCAAAUGUAGUGGUGACCGUCCAUGUCAGCGAUGCGACAUGCUUGCUCUGAGCUGCACCUAUGAGCAAGGGCCGCAGCAUAAUAAUCAUGACGGCAGCAUGAAACAGACAGUAGAUGACAUGCAAGCAACCAUUGCCAGUAUGCAGGGCCAGAUCGCGUCCAUCAUGUGCCAGAUGAGCCGUAAUUCGUGUCCAAGACCUGCUCCUGCCGUCGAGCCAGUGUCUGUGGGUGCGAAUAGCGACAUGCCUCCUCCAGAUCCCCUGUUCCUGAUAACCCUUGAUGAGGCUGUACGGUACAUUGAUAUUUACAAUCAAGCCGUCUCCCAGACAUACCCGGUAGUCGAUGGCGAGUUUGUGCUCUCGCACGCACGGGCAGUUUGGGACCCAGCCGCGCAGGUCCACGAGAGUGGCCUUCUCCAGAGUCGCGAUACGGCAAUGCUACGUGCAAUCCUAGCAGUGGGAAUAGUGGUGGAUAACGGCCACCAAAGGCGAGAGAUGACCGACUUGCUAUUCCAAGGAGUAAAGUCUGCGCUGGAUGAGCAGCUCUUUCAUAGUGCCGCAAACACGUCGGGGGUUGUUCUUUUCACACUUGCCAGCUUUUACUUCUUCUACUUGUCACAAGAGCUCCAGGCAUGGAGGAUGAUAUCGUCUGCCACCAGACUUGUCCUGGAGCUCCGACUCCACACCAAAGAAGGAUGGGACAGCUUGGAUGCUCCGACAAGGGAUUUGUGCACCCGCAUAUUCUGGUCGGUUUAUAUACUCGAUCAACGAUUGAGCAGCGCAAACAAUGUUCCUUUCUCCCUACACGAUUCCGACUUUGAAAGAUCUGUCCCAGCACCGGCAUCCGCUGAGUAUCCAUAUUUUACCACAAUGGUUGAAUAUAGUCGUCUGUGCUCAAAAGUUCAUACCUUUCUUGCUCCGUACACACGUGGAAAUGACGAUAGGAUCGACUCGGCAAAAUCGGAGUUUCUGCACUACCAGAUCGAACAAUGGUACGAUCACUUACCCAAGGAUCUCAAGUUCAACAUCCAGGAACCGGAAGGAUCAAGCAGCGUGGCGUAUCCCCUGAGGGCGCUGCUGUACCUCCGCCGGAACCAGCUGCGGACAUUGAUUGAACGGCCCAGGCUGCAUUCCACGAUGGCGAUCAUGGAAGACUCGGCCCGUGCCCGCGCAAUCAUUGAGACUGCCAACGACACAAUCCGGGCCCUGGUUCACAUUAACAACGCAUCGGCCAUGUAUCAAAGCCAGCCCGUGGCCCUGGACUAUUUCCUGGCCUCGGCACUUUCCGUUCACCUCCACGCAGCCUGCCACGGACCCCCAGACUUUGCGCCUCUUUGCUACACCCAAUUCAUGGAGGCCGUAGAGCUAGUCAAGUCUCUGCCUCGAGGCUUUGAGUCAGUCCGCCUACAGACACUUGUCAAGACAACAGGCAAUCUAGUCAGGGCGCGCGGCCUGGCCCCGUUGGAUGCACGACACUCGCCGUCUGGAGAAGGGUCUAGCCUGGCGAUUGAAUUGUGCAAUCUGUUUGGGGCAACCAUGGCCAACGGGAAUGCGAACCAGGCAUAUUGUAGAGGUAUGUCUCGCGGUGUUGCGUUGGAUGGAGUUGGUGAAGGAGACUUGGCUGGCUGGCUGGAGAGUGGUGGGCCGGUAUCUCUAGACGCGUUGCCUCUGCUGGGACAUGAUGAGUUGGCUAGUAUCUUUGGCGAUCUGCGUUGA